UUCAGCAUAGGAUGCCGAUCGGGCUCAGCACGCCGACGCAGCCCGCCCACCACUCGAUGUACUGGUCCAGCCGCAAGCCGGCAGCCGCGACAACAACGACCGCGAGUGGGCCGUGGGGCUUUUCCAGCAACAUUGCCGACCUCUCGGCGUCGCAGCUCGGGCGCCGCGGCCGGAAGCUCGGACGCUACAUGCAUGCAGCGAUUCAGCGCGAGAACGACGCGGUCCAGCUCAAGCGCGUGCAGUAUGGCAGCCGCGCCAAGGUCAGCAUCACGGCCGACAGCAAGGCCCACGUGCAGUACGUCCAUUGCGCGCAGGUGCUGCCCGCGUCUAUAGACGAAGUGCUGCGUCUCUUUUGGACGCCGCAGUGGACCUCAAGCGACGCACUGUGGCACGCAGUCUUUGCCGACGAUACAGCAUACGUUCGGUCGGUUGCCCAGAGCGACGCGUCGUGUGCCGAGCCGGACGCCGAAGCGUCGUCGUCGUCGUCAUCGUCGUCCACGACCAUAUCGACGCCGACAGCACACCACGCGCAUGCGACCGAGACGCUCGCGGCCGGAUUGCACCGCCUCCGGUACGAAGAGAGCGCGCGAACAGCGCGCUUUGUGACCAAGUCCAAGCCCAAGAUGAAGGAACUAUUGUACCUCGAGCACUUUGCGCGCCUCGACGACGGUAGCUACAUCUGGCUCGUCAAGUCCAUCGACGAUCCCGAUGCGCUCGUGCUCACGCCACUUGUCCGCCGACUGCAAAACCUCAUGAUGGCGUGCCACAUACAAGCGGUUGGCGACCGAACGCGUCUCAGCUUUCUCGGUGGCUACUGCUUUGUCGACGGCCUCCAGGACGCCGCAAAGCGCUUCCUCCUCCGCGCCGCCGAUGCUUGGGAGCAUAUCCCUCGCCUCGUUGUCGGGACUCGCCUCGCCGACUACCUUGUCGAGCCCGCGCUGCAUGAAGCCGGCGACUCUUCUGUCCAAGACGGCUGUCGCGUGUGCUUGACGGGCUUUAGCGUGUUUCUGCCCGCGGUCGUUUGCCGUCUCUGCGACCAUGACGUUUGCGCGUCGUGCUCGGUUCUCGAGACAACACGGCAGACUCCGAUCGCGCUGCGAGUCUGCGCGACGUGCGUCGAUGCCAUCAAGGUGUGGUCGCCCAUCCGCCAUCGACGUCGGCCAGCGCAGAUUCUCUCGUCGCCCGUCGCCCGGCGGCGCGCCUGCUCCAGCGCCCAGCUCCACGCCCUCUCGUCCGAUUUAGAGCUCGCGAUCCUCCUCCAGAUCAUGGCCGCGAUUACCGUCAAGGCCAUCGCGUGCAGUAGCGCCAGCGUACAUCUCGCGACUCGAGACGGCGUCCGACUCGUGGCCAUCAUCGGGCCAGCGCCCGGCGACGCGCUUGUGGCCCGCGCCAUCGACGCCGGCGGUAGCAUCGUGGAUGACGUGCUGGAUGACAUGACGCUGUCAUUACCGCUCCCCGCCGACGUUCGCUUUUACCGUGGCCAAGCCAUCUACCUCUCGAACGGUGUCUGCAUUGGCGCCGUGUCGGUGGCCGACGCUGCGCCGCGCCGCCUCGAUGCGCCGGGCGUCGAGCACUUUGAAGCCUUCGCCGAGACCGCGGCCCGGCUCAUUCGCGCGUGGCCAUCCAUGAUCGUGACAAAGCAGCGUAGUAGCUGCAGGUAGUCCUGAGUAGAGAAUCAAAACGAUGUGGUUGAAGGAGGUUGCAUCUGAUU